AUGACCACAGAACAUGUUAAGCACGAAGUUGAGCAUGUCCACAGCUUGAAGUCACAGUUCACCAGCAACAAGAGGAUAAAGAGAUUCGACAAUCGGCUGGACACACUCUGGGACACGCUGAAAGGAUUGGCAUGGUCCUAUGACACCAUUCAGAUCUCACACAGACGUGUCGCCAAUCAGUUCAGAGAGUUGCAUGAGUAUCUCAUGAUGGAGGAGCAAAAGCUCAAGAAGGAACUCGAUGAUGAGCUUGACAAGACCACAACAUCAAUCAACAACAUCAUCAAUGAGAUUGCCAUUAUCACUGCACACGUCACCUACAACAAUGUGAACGACUCUUAUCACAAUGUUGAAGAUGGCGAUGGAGUUGAAAUCAUGAGUCAGUUAGUUCGAUCAAUUCAAACAUCCAAGUCAAUGGAUCAAUUCAUCGACAAGCAGUUCAAGUCAUGCGACGAUGAUGUCACGAUUGGUGAUGAUCAACUGUUGGACAUUGUUCGAAGAGCAUCACAAGCCACACAGGCUGUUCAUGUUGUCACAAUGUAUUCAUUGGACACUGGUGAGUGGACUGUGAUCGAUGACAAGUGCACACCAAGAGAGCGCAUAUUCAGAUCUGUUGUAUAUGCACGAGACAGUGUCUAUGUGUUUGGAGGCACAGGAUCAGCCAACACAUACUCUCGCUUCUCACUCAUCGAUCAAAAGUGGCACAAUGACCUUGAGAUCAUCGGUGUCGAUGGUGGUGAAAGCAUAUCAACAUGCUACGAUGGUGACAAGCUCAUCUACUUGGUCGGUGGAUUCCACAAUGACAAACUAUUGGAUCGAAUUGAUUGCUUCAACAUUGACACUCAACAAUUCUCAUCAGUUGGAAGAUUGAAUGUGCCAACCAGAGCAUCACACUCAUUCUUCGACAACAAAAUGAUCGUUGUCAUUGGUGGCAAUGUUGAUGUCGAGUGUAAAGUUUCACUCACAGACAUCUUGUCAUUCAACAUUGACACCAAGAAAUGUUACGUGUUCCUCAAGACUGAAUUCCAUCCAGAUGAAGAACUUACUUCAUGUUAUGAUGACUAUGAUCAUGUGUUCAUAAUGGGAGAUAAAUCCUCUAUCUUGGUAGACUUGUCCAACAAGAAUUCAACUCAAAGAAUAAGAAUGAACUCAUCAGGAUUACCAUGUGUUUAUACACAAUCACAAGGAAUUGUUGCUCUUGGUGGUAACGGAGAAAAUCAAAGAUUCUCAGAGAUGCAAUGCAAAUGGAUACAACACGAAGACAAUGACCCUGUCAAGUCAAGGGCAUCCUUUGGAACUUGUCUUAUUUAUCAU